AUGGUAGAGCAACCCGCAGACGUGGAUGCCGCCGUGAAUACCCCAGUUGUGGUUGAUUCAAACGAUGAUGGAACAGUCGCCCAGGAACUGGAAUUAGAGCAUAUGAGGAGUACAUUGGAAGAGGCGAUUGUGGAAACGCGCACCGGGACCUUUGCGAGACGGACUCAAUUCUUUUUUGGCGCCGCGCUAGCAGUCUGCCGUAUCAUAGGCGCCAAGGUUUCCACGGCUGGACGCGCUACUGGCCAUAUUAGCGCUAUCCUAGCAUGGAGAAGAAGAAUUGAGGAACGUAUCGCAAAGGCUAGAGCUCUCAUCGGCAGACUGAUAUGCUUCAGAUCAGGCAACAACAGGCCAAGAAUUGUGCGCACCGUCAGGAUGGCGUUUGCUGGGACAAAUGUCAGUUUGUCCGAGCCGGAUAUAACGCAAAAACUGACGGAGCGCAUAGAUGUUCUGAAGCAGAGAAUCGCUGCUUGGGGAAAGCGGAUUCGGCGAUAUACCGAGAGGUCGACACGGUUCAACCAGAAUCAUCUCUUCCAGAGUGAUCAGAAGAGGCUCUAUGAAUCAUUGGAGCGACCAAUGGUAAGUGGAACGGGUCCAGCACCGAAUCAGGCCGACACUGUAGCAUUCUGGCGCGGCCUGUGGUCAGAGCCCGUAAACCAGAGCGAGGACCCUUGGACGGAAGUUGUGGCGAGUCAGUAUGCGGGUAUUACGCCCAUGGACCCCGUCAUCAUAACGCCGGAUGACGUAGCUGAGGCGGUCCGUAGGGCCCCGAACUGGAAAAGUCCGGGGCUUGACGGGCUGCAUCACUACUGGCUGAAGGGGUUCAUGGUGUAUCACUCUGUGCUCGCCCGACAGUUUCAAGAGGCUCUCAACCAGAAGUCGCUCCCAAGCCUCUUCACUACUGGGAUCACUCAUUUGGUUCCUAAAGACCAGGAGAGAGAACAAGAGGUACACACUGCGCUUAAGCGUGAUCAACUUGCUUAA